AUGCCACGACCUUCGGACGAACGCGAAAUGGAUGCCCACAUCAUGAGUAUCCAAAAGCCUCUAGGAGAACUCGAUGUUCUGCCGCUUUCUGAGAUGCCAGUGCCAGCCGGUCAUGAAAACAUGAUUUACACGUCCAUUCCGAACAUCCUCUUUCGGAAGCUGAUCAUGGACGAGGAGAGAAAGCUGAGGACGGACGACGAGAAGAAAGCUCUGAGGGAGGUGGUCAAUCUCUGGCACCAGGCGCAACAAGCCCAGGAUGAGGAGAGAACGGAAAUUAAGAAGCGUCUCAGCAGACAGAUCGUUCGCGAUCUCCCAGUCAUAGAAUCGCGCCUUCGAGAGGAACCCCUGGAAUCGUUUGUCCGGAACGAAUCCCUGCCACAGACAUCACCCGCUCAGGAGUCUGUGUCCGGUCGCCGAUCUGAUAAGUCCAGGGAGCAGACCAUACACUCUGGUAAUGGACGCGAAAAUCCCCCAGGUAUGGUCUCCGACAACGUCGUCUUUAAGGACUUGCAGGGCAUGCCGCAUCAACUAAGCAACGAAGAGCUCGAGCAUAUGGCUAGCAUGUAUGAAGCCAAGGCGCGCGAGUUGAGACAAGUUCAGAACAAAAGAGCACACCAUGAGGACAAAGGCAAAGGAAAAGCACACGAGAAUCUCACCAUGAUUGCACGGUCUCCCUCGGCUGCAGCUCAUCGAUCCUCCCCAUCACCGCAUCCAAAGCGCCGUCGUCGUCUUGUGAGGGGUCUCCGCAAAUAG